AUGCGUAUCCAAACCUCCCUAAAUUGCGAUCUUUACACUCAAGGCUCGAACGGAUACCAUGCCCUGGAUCAUAUUCAAUUAGAGAUUCGAUCAGUAGAGCACGGCCUUCAUGAUGCAGUCCUCCUGGCCAUUCCUCUGGGCAAAAGCCAGUUUGACCUUGCAGUUAAACAGGCCACUGUCAGGCAAAUCAAAAACCACUUCACAGACCUAAGCCACUCGCGUCUAGUGAGCUAUGAUCCUCUUUUCGCAGCCGAAUUCGGUCGUUCCUUUCCAGAAACCGCAUUCAGUGCUUUGACGCAAAUGAGAUAUCAAUACAACCUGGCGGCGAGUUCAAUUCACUUAUCUAAGGACCCACGCCUUAUCAAAUGGUUUAAGGCUGAAAUCAAACGCAUUGAAAUUCUCAUAGAUGAGUACCGACAGCAGUGUGUUAACCUGGGCCGAAUUCCAGAUUGUGUCAAGCAGCAAUAG